UCCGCCCCAAGGAGAGUUGCAGGGGAGGGCGGCGAGGCGCGGCAGCGUGCGCCGGGGAGCGGCGGACGGCCUGGGCUUCCGCCGCUCGGAGCACCGGCGAAGAGAGAGUCCGAGCUGCGGCUCUGCCCCGCGGCCUGGCGUUGCUGCCUGCUUUCUCCGGCCCCUUCUUGGCGUCGGGAAGUGUCUGGAGUUUCUUUUUUUUUAUUUAACCUAAACUGCCAUCCAAAUUAAUAAUCCUCCUAAUAACCUGAUCUCCCGCUCCUCCCCACCGGCCUGCCUCCUGCCCUCGCUCCUUCCUCCCUCCCUCUCUCCUUCCCCACCUCCAGGGUCGCAGCCGGAGGGAAACCCGGCAGCAGUCCGAGGGUGGGGUGUCCCAGCCCGGAGGGGGCGUCGCCGCGCGGUGGGGGAGGGGGUCGAGGCAAUGAUCCUCGAGGCUUUUGUGUGCCCUCUGCGCACGGAACUCCGGCCGCCGCCUCCGAGCGCUGGGCUGGUCGCAUCCCCGGGCAUCUCGUUCCCAAAUUAAACGUUAACGGGGGAAACAAGGGUAGAUGCCCCUCCUCUCCUGGGCCCCACCCGCUCCCCCCCACCCCGCCCCAUGUCCGCUGAGGAGGCUGCCUGGUGCGGAGGCGGCGGCAGCCGAGGUCGAGGUAAGAGCGCGGCGUUGGAGGUUUGCACUUCCCGCAGCGCUCGCGACCGCCCGCUCGGCCCCGGCCUCGGCUCGGAGCCCCGCGAAGGCUGCGCGCUGGGGCCGAUUCCUCGACAGCGCCCGCGGCGGCGAGAGCUACCGCAGCCAUCCUGGUCCGGGAGCGACCGCCGCAGCGCCCCCAACCCCUCCAGAGCGGGCACCGGGGGGAAGCGGGGGGAAGGGAGCGAGGAACCUCCCGGGCGGGGAUGCGGCAGCUGCCGCGCCACCGCACCCCGGGCGAUCAGUGGGUGACCGCGUCUGCGAGGGACUUUGUCAUCCGUCCUCCAAGACGUGGGGAGAAAAAGCCCCAUCCUUUGCCUCUCUGCCACCAUUUCGGACACCCCGCAGGGACUCGUUUUGGGAUUCGCACUGACUUCAAGGAAGGACACGAUCCCUUCUCUGACCCCAGCUCGGGCGGCCACCUGUCUUUGCCGCGGUGACCCUUCUCCCAUGACCCUGCGGUGCCUCGAGCCCUCCGGGAAUGGCGGAGAAGGGACGCGGAGCCAGUGGGGGACCGCAGGGUCGGCGGAGGAGCCAUCCCCGGAGGCGGCGCGUCUGGCGAAGGCCCUGCGGGAGCUGGGUCAGACAGGAUGGUACUGGGGAAGUAUGACUGUUAAUGAAGCCAAAGAGAAAUUAAAAGAGGCACCAGAAGGAACUUUCUUGAUUAGAGAUAGCUCGCAUUCAGACUACCUACUAACAAUAUCUGUUAAAACGUCAGCUGGACCAACUAAUCUUCGAAUCGAAUACCAAGACGGAAAAUUCAGAUUGGACUCUAUCAUAUGUGUCAAAUCCAAGCUUAAACAAUUUGACAGUGUGGUUCAUCUGAUCGACUACUAUGUUCAGAUGUGCAAGGAUAAGCGGACAGGGCCAGAAGCCCCCCGGAACGGCACCGUUCACCUUUAUCUGACCAACCCGCUCUACACGUCAGCACCAUCUCUGCAGCAUCUCUGUAGGCUCACCAUUAACAAAUGUACAGGUGCCAUCUGGGGACUGCCUUUACCAACAAGACUAAAAGAUUACUUGGAAGAAUAUAAAUUCCAGGUAUAAAUGUUUCUCUUUUUUUAAACAUGUCUCACAUAGAGUAUCUCCGAAUGCAGCUAUGUAAAAGAGAACCAAAACUUGAGUGCUCUGGAUAACUAUAUGGAAUACUUUCUAAGAAAAGCUGAAGCUAAUCUAAUUUAAAUGCUUGAAGAGGUAGCUAGGUGUUUAAAGUUCCUCCACGUACUUUUACCUGAGUGAUGCUUCCCUUCUUAAGGCUGACCAAGACCAGUUGAUCCUUUUAGAUUAAAAAUAAAAUGUCGCAUGUAAAGGCUGAAGGCACGUUUUAUCAGAAUGGCUUGCCUUCCUAGGUUCCUUUCCAUUAUGUCAAAGGUCCAGGCUCCAGUAGGAGAGAAAGAACUCCUCAUAGGAAUACUGAAGAAGUGGGAGGAACCAAGCUGACACAGGCCUCACUGCAAUUUGAUAUGCCUGCUGAUCAGAGUCUCUUUUGGGCAUUUUAUAUUUUGCAUUCUGAUGUACCUAGGAGUUUUGUUAAACAGAUUAUGUGUGUGAGUUUCCCAUUUUAUGCAAUUAACCAAAUCAACCAAAAAAAAGUGACCAUGAAGUCCUGUAUUUGUCUUUUUACUACAUGUAUAUACUCUCAUGUGAAUGAGUACUGUAGUAAUCCAUUUUAAGGGAGCCUUAUUUCAGAAAUAUUUCAAACUGGUGCAAAUGGAAAAGACUUUCUCUUUUCCUUUAAGGCUAAAGACAAGAAUGUCAUGCUAUACAGGUGCAACUCAAUCCCUGUUAAUAAAAACCAAUGUAGGUAUAGGCAUUUUACCCUUUAAAAUAGCUGUGUCCCAACCUGUUGCCAUUGAUUUUUUGGAAAUGGCUUUAGAAAUGUCCAAGUUGUCCUUGAAUUGUCUAACCAUGGACAUAAACCGUUGUCUCCCUUCUACUGUGUAGAAUACUUUGACUUAAUUUUCUUCCAGAUACAGGGGGAUACCUGCCUGUUUUUCAAAGUGUUUAUUUACUGCUGUUACUAUUUGAUUAGAAUGUAUUAAAUAAAAAAAAACCUGAUUUCUACAA